AUGACGGAGCAAUCAAUUCGUGUCGUUGUGGCAGCUCUCGAGACCACGGGUGGCAUCGGCCUGCGCCAACAUAUCCCGUGGCGCCUUCCCUCCGACAUGAAGCACUUUCGCGCAUUGACCACGGCCUCUCCGGACUCUUCGGUGCAGCACGCAGUUAUCAUGGGGCGCAAGACGUGGGAGUCACUACCAGCCAAGGUUCGGCCCAUGCCCAAGCGCUACAACGUGGUGCUGACUCGUGACUCCAGCUACAGAAAUAAACAAGAGAUACCUGAUACUGUGGGAGUCGCUGCCAGCUUUCGUGAGGCGCUGAAGCUCGUGCAGGAGCAGGGAGACAAAGUGGACCAGGUCUUCGUCAUUGGCGGCGGCGCUGUGUACGCUGAGGCUCUGAGCUAUCCAAGUUGCACUAAGGUGCACUUGACAAGAGUCAAGGGCCAGUUCGAAUGUGAUGCUUUUUUUCCGCUGGAGCAACUCGAGCAAAACUUUAAAGUGGCGGAGGAAUCCGAAGUCAAGGAGGAAAACGGAGUGCAGUUUCACUUUGUCGAGUGGGAAAGAAAGACUGGAGAGGUAAAAGCUGUAGAAUCGGCAUUGCUAGUGGACAACACGACGCCUCACGAGGAGAUGCAGUACUUGGACUUGAUCCGGAAAAUUCUGACGCAAGGAGCCAAGCGUGAAGACCGCACAGGAACGGGCACGUUGUCAGUCUUUGGGGCACAGAUGAGAUUUAGCCUGAGGAACAAUGUGUUCCCAUUGCUGACAACCAAGAGGGUCUUUUGGCGAGGUGUAGCCGAGGAGCUUUUGUGGUUCAUUAGUGGCGACACGAGUGCACACACUUUGCAGCAGAAAGAUAUUCACAUCUGGGACGGUAAUGGAUCUCGCGAGUACCUGGAUAGUCGAGGACUUCAGCAUCGGGAGGUUGGUGACCUUGGACCUGUUUACGGCUUUCAGUGGCGCCACUUUGGCGCCAAGUACACGGACAUGCAUGCGGACUACACUGGCAAAGGCGUGGACCAGCUUGCUGAGGUGAUUCACAAGCUGCGUACGAAUCCGACUGACCGACGGAUUGUGCUCUCGGCGUGGAAUCCCUCAGAUCUCAACGAGAUGGCACUGCCGCCGUGCCACAUGUUCUGCCAGUUCUACGUGGCCAAUGGGGAAUUGUCUUGCCAAAUGUAUCAGCGCUCGGCCGACAUGGGACUUGGUGUACCUUUCAACAUCGCCAGCUACGCGCUUCUUACGCGACUGGUAGCACAAGUGACAGGCCUAAAGCCUGGCGAGUUUAUCCACGUCAUCGGUGAUGCACACGUGUAUCUAAACCAUGUGGAACCGCUUCAGAAACAGCUUACGCGUACACCGUGCCCGUUCCCGACACUUCACAUCAACCCUGAAAAGACCUCAAGCAUUGACGAAUUUACGUUUGAGGACUUCGAGUGGGUGUCAGACUACGCUGGUAGUGCCAUUGUGCUUUGCAAGCUGUCGUGGUCUCCUUCUCUUGUCGGGGUCGUGUAUCUUGUAAAAGCCGACGAAGGAGCUUAG